UCGUCAGCCACUGUUCAUUAUUCAGUCGGCCAUCAUUGAUCUCGCUCACCCAAAAAUGUCGGAACGGAAAAUUGCCGCCGCCAUCGUCGAAUGUUUGCCGGCUGGUUCUAGAAUAAGAAAGUCCGCAUAUUUUCUUCAAUUGCAGAUGUAUAAUGGCAAAUUAAAGUAUCGACGCGAUAGACUGCGCUCAUAACAGUUUUUGUCUGCGAGUCGGCAUACGGCGAACAUUGAACAGGCGGCAGAAAAAAGAAAGAUGGCAAAAUGGUGCGGUCCAUCGAUCUUCAGUGAGGGCACGUCGGCAGCAACUGACUACUGAUGGCGGAGUUCGUGGAGGGAUGGCUGGUGGCGCAGGUGCUGGGCGAGGGAGCUUACGGCGAGGUGCGGCUGCUGGUGCACGCGCGCUCGGGCGCGGCGGUGGCGCUGAAGGUGUCGCGCGGCGGGGCGGGCGCGCGCGAGGCGGCGCUGCAGCGCGCGCUGCGCCACCCGCACGUGCUGCGCUGUCUGGGCGAGCGCACGCACCUGCACCACCACUACAUGUUCCUCGAGUACGCGCAGGGCGGCGAGCUCUUCGACAAGAUCGAGCCCGACGUGGGCAUGCCGGAGAGCGCGGCGCGGCGCUACUGGCGACAGACGCUCGCCGGCCUCGAGUACCUGCACGCGCGCGGCGUCGCGCACCGCGACAUCAAACCCGAGAACCUGCUGCUCGACCAUCACGAUGACGUCAAGAUCUCGGACUUCGGCAUGGCCACCGUGUUCCGGCACGGCGCGCGCGAGCGGGCGCUGUCGCGCGUCUGCGGCACGCUGCCCUACGCCGCGCCCGAGGUGCUGCGCGCCGAGCAGCAGCCCUACCGCGCGCCGCCCGCCGACCUGUGGGCCGCCGCGCUCGUGCUGCUCGCCAUGCUCGCCGGCGAGCUGCCGUGGGAGCGCGCGGCGGAGGAGGACGCGCGGUUCGCGGCGUGGCGCGCGUGGCAGGCGGGCGGCGGCGCGGCGCCGACGGGUCCGUGGCGCAAGGUGUCGCGCGGCGCGCGGGCGCUGCUGCGCGCGGCGCUGCGGCCGGAGCCGGCGGCGCGCGCGUCGCUGGCGGCGCUGCUGAGCCACGCCUGGACGCAGGACGGCCCGCUCGCAGAGGGCUCGGCGCGCGAGUGGCGCUCGCAGCCCGCCGCCGCCGACGCGCGCCCGCUGUCGCCCGCGCUCUCCCUCGCCGACAUGGACGCGCUGCUCACGCACUCGCAGCCCGCGCGCGACUCCGACCUGCUGCUCGCCUCGCAGCCCGGCGCCGCGCUCGGGCCCGCGCUCGCCGCGCGCCUCGUGCGCCGCCUCACGCGCGUGUGGCUGCGCUGCGACCCCGCGCCCGCGCUGCGCGCCCUCGCCGACGCGCUGCGGGCGCGCGGCCACACCUGGCGCCGCCUGCACCCGCGCCUGCUGGCCGUGGAGUGCGGCGAGGAGGUGCGCAUGCGCGCCUGGGUGGUGCCGUGCGCGGCCGGCGGCGAGGCGCGCUCGCUGCUGGAGUUCCGGCGCUCGCGCGGCUGCGGCCUGCAGUUCAAGCGGCGGUUCCUGGAGCUGCGCGCGGCUCUGUCGCCGCUGCAGGCCGCGCCGCCGCCGCACGCCGACCUGCUCGCCGCGCCGCUCGCCGAACCGCUGCUCUCGCAAGACGGAACGGUUUGCACGUGAACUAUGUUCACUUAUAUGUAGUGUUUUAGUUAUGUAAACUUUUGAGGUGAUGUGAAAAGAUAAGACUGUUAAAAACUAAAUUGGCGCUAAUUAUUGAAUGGUUAGGUGUUCGGUGUGAUACGUAGAAGCGACCUUGUGUGCUUCACGCGGAUGCAUGCCACUACACGUUGAGAAAAAGCCACCGCUGUCACACAAGAAAGUGCCACCGCUGUCAUCGCUUGAGCUUUCGACACCACAUGCUCGUGGUCACAGAUAUAUAGAGUUGUUCAAAUGAAAUUCAACAGAAAUAGGCGAAGUGGCCAGUAUAACAUUGCUAACCACCAAUGUGUCCACCGGUCCCACAGUGACAACAACCCCUCACAAUUUUAUCCUACAUUUUCAAUAUUAUGGAGGCUGUCUAGAAGAAACCUCAUGUUUAUGAAAGUGCCAGUUCAUUGAUUUAAUAUGGUUUUAAUUAUUUUGUUUGUAUUAAUUCUUAUUUGGUCAGUAUUGUAAUGUUAACUUGCAUGGGUGUAUUUAGUUCUUAGGUCUUGGUGAGUUAGGCACAAAAGUAGAAAGAAGGGUCGCUACUAGCCGUGGCUCCAUGCCAUCGCCCCAACCUCUCUUACGCCCAUGACAAGUUGUGUGCCUUAACUGUUGUGAAACGACGCAUCUAAAAUGCUGAAUGUAAAAAGACGUGUAAUAAAAUUCUUUUAAUGCA